CCGCAGAUGGCCGGAUUUUUGAACUAUGACAACAACGUGCUGGGUGCGGUAUCACCGUCGGCACCAGUCGUCCCCGCGACGCCCUGUUACGACGAUCUGUUUCCGGCUCUGCCGGAGAGUGAACCGCCGCGCUUCAACAAUCCACUUUCGCCGGCUGCGCAGAGUAUGCGCGUCGGUAGCUCGAUCGUGACGCAGGUAUUCAUCGUACCGUCCGGUGAGCGCAAGUACGACUCGGACAAGUUCGGCGAGGGUGAAUCGCUGCGCACGUGCCAAACGAUCAUGAAGGAAACGCACGCGCACAUCGAGAUUUCGAGCGCCAAGGACCAAUCGCUGACGUUCCUGGUGACGGGCAAGCCGAACGAGGUACUCGAGGCACGGCGCAAGAUUCUGGUACACUUCCAGACGCAGGCCAGCAAGACGAUCAGCAUCCCGCGCGAGCACCACCGCUGGAUCCUCGGCAAGAAGGGUGACCGCUUGCGCGAGCUCGAACGGUCCACCUCGACCAAGAUCAAUGUGCCGCGCAUCAGCGAGGACUCGGACGCGAUCACGAUCCUCGGCACGAAGGAAGGCAUCGAGAAGGCCGAGCACGAGAUUCGCACGAUGUCGGACGAGCAAUCGCGCAAAGCGUUCGAGCGGUUCAACGUUCCGAAAAUCUACCAUCCGUUCGUGAUCGGAGCAUUCGGCGAGAACCUGUCGAAGAUGAUGGAGGAAACGGGCGCCAAAAUCAACGUGCCGCCGCAAUCGGUGCAGAAGGACGAGAUCAUAAUCACGGGCGAGAAGGAGGGUGUGCUGCAGGCGAAGGCGCGGAUCGAGGCGAUCUACAAGGAAAUGGAGAAGAAGUGCACCUCGGUGGCGGUCGAGGUGCCGCGCGCCCAGCACAAGUACGUGUACGGUCCUCGCGGUUCCACCAUCCAGGAGAUCCUGCAGAUGACGGGCGUGUCGGUAGAAAUGCCGCCGAGCGACUCACCCAGUGAUACGAUCACGCUGCGCGGAUCGCAGGACAAGCUGGGUAACGCGCUGAGCGUGGUCUACCAGAAGGCGCAUUCGAUCCGCACCAACGUGCUGGACUGCCCGCAGUGGAUCCACAAGUACAUCAUUGGGCGCGAGGGCAGCCUGAUCAAGGAGUUCUCCGUCCAGCAUCCGAACGUGCACGUUGAGUUCAACGAGGACAAGAUCAAGAUCGAUGGGCCACCGGAGCAAGUGGAAAUUGCCUCCGAGCAGCUGCAGGAGAAGGUAAACGAGCUGACCGGCCGCCUCACGUUCGCGGAGAUGAUGGUCGAUCCGGUGCACUGCAAGCACAUCAUCGGCAAGGCGGGCUCGAACAUUAACCGCAUGAAGGAGGAGUACGAGGUGCAGAUCAACAUUGACGAGAAGGACUCGAAACCGAUUCGCAUCGAGGGUCCGGCCGAGGGUGUGGCCAAGGCCCAGCAGGAGCUGCUGGAGAAGAUCGCCAAGUGGGAAAACGAGAAGGAGGAAUCGAUCAUCAUCGAUCACCGGCUGUUCAAGACGAUUAUCGGUGCGAAGGGAGAGUCGAUUCGCGAAAUCCGCGAGAAGAACAACAAUGUGCAGAUCGUGUUUCCGGGGCCGAACGAUAAGUCGGAUAUCGUGAAAAUUCGGGGCCCGAAGGAGGACGUGGACCGGUGCCACAAGUAUCUGUCGCAGUACGUGAAGGAGCUGCAGAAGAGCUCGUUCGUGAUGGAGGUGCCAAUCUUUAAGCAGUUCCACAAAUACAUCAUUGGGAAGGGCGGUGCGAAUAUCAAGAAGAUUCGCGAUGAAACACAGACCAAGAUCGAUCUGCCGGCCGAGGGUGACGCCAAUGAGGUGAUUCUCAUCACGGGCAAGAAGGAAAACGUGAAGGAGGCUCGCGAGCGUAUCCAGAAGAUACAGAACGAGAUGGCGAACAUCGUGACGGAGGAGAUCGUCAUACCCGCGAAGCACCACAUUUCACUGAUCGGAGCGGGCGGCAUGCUGAUCAACGCCAUCAUGGAAGAGUGCGGCGGUGUGUCCAUCAAGUUCCCGAGUUCGGACUCCAAAAGCGAUAAAGUUAUCGUCCGUGGCCCAAAGGAGGACGUGGAGCGUGCGAAAUGGCAACUGCUGGAACUAUCGAGUGAGAAGGAGCUGUCUUCGUUCUCCGUGCAGAUCCGUGCCAAACCGCAGCACCACAAGUUCCUCAUCGGCAAGAAUGGUGCUUCUAUCAAGAAGAUACGCGACAAGACCGGUGCUCGAGUUAUUUUCCCUGGUGUCAACGAUGAGGACAACGAGGCGAUCACGAUCAUUGGCAAGAAAGAAAACGUGGAGGAAGCAAAGGCCGAGUUGGAGGCGAUCAUCAAAAACAUCGACAAUAUCGUCGAGGACGAGCUGAGCAUGGAUCCGAAGUUCCACAAACACUUCGUGUCCAAUCGCGGCAAGGUGCUCAAGCGCAUCGAGGAAGAGUGCGGCGGUAUGUCGAUUUCGUUCCCGCGUAGCGACCGUGGUGAGCGUCCCGAUCGCGUAACGCUCAAGGGCCCGAAAGAUUGCAUCGAGACUGCGAAGCAGCGCAUGCUGGAGAUCGUUGGUGAGCUGGAAUCGAUGGUUACGAUCGAGUGCUUCAUUCCCGCGCGCCACCACCGCAUCGUGAUGGGUAAGGGAGGCUCCAAGGUGCAAGGCAUAACGUCCGAGUUCGGGGUGAAUAUAAAGUUCCCCGAGCGUGGCACUAGUGUCAGUUACCACGAGCAGCACCACCCUAUGCCCGUUGAUGUCCCGAACCAGAACGGUAACGGUGACGGUGCCCCCGACGGUGGUGAAACAGGAAACAUCGUGAACGGUGGAGCUGAGCCCGUUCCUAAAGAACCGGUCCACAGUGUGGCCGACCUGAUUCGUAUCAGCGGCAACAAGGAACGGUGCGAACAGGCGAAGGAAGCACUCCUGGCUUUGGUGCCCGAGACGGAAGAAAUCAAUGUACCGUUCGAUCUGCACCGCUCGCUGAUCGGCCAGAAGGGACGUGACGUGAAGGAACUGAUGAAUACGUACGAUGUGCACAUCGAGAUGUCGCCGCAGGACAAAAAGCUGGACAUCAUCAAGGUGACGGGCACGAAGACGGCGAUCGCCGAGGCGAAGGAAGCCAUCGCCGAGCGUAUCAAGGUGUUGGAAGCCGAACGCGAGGACCGCGAGGCACGUUCGUUCGAGAUCAAGGUCGAGGUCGACCCAACGUACCACCAGAAGAUCAUUGGCCGGCGUGGUGCGGUCGUCAACAAGAUUCGCGCCAACCACGGUGUGCAGAUCUCCUUCCCGAAGCAGGACGACCCGUACAACAAGAGCGUCAUCACGAUCCAGGGCUACGAGGAGAAGGCGAAGGCGGCACGGGACGAAAUCCUGGGUAUGGUCGAAACGCUCAGCUCGGUCUACAAGGAAGAGAUGUCGAUCGACGAGCGAACGCACCGUCGUUUCAUCGGGUUCCGCGGCAAGAGACUGCGCGAGAUCAAGGAACAGUUCAACGUGGAGAUCACUUUCCCGCGCCCCGAAGAUCCGGACAAAUCGCUUGUCAUCCUGGCCGGAACACCCGAUAAUGUGGAGUCUUGCCGCGACUAUCUGCUCAACCUCGAGGAGGAAUUUCUGCAGGACGUGAGUGCAGCUCCGACGCAGCCAACCACCUUCUCGCAGAUCAUGGAGGACAUGACCAACCAAAACACUCACGCCAACAAGCAGGGCUUCAUCGUGAGCGGUGCACCGUGGGAGCGCAAGACACCCAACACGCAGUCGCUGGUGGAUUUCCCCGACUUUGGUGGGCUCGGAGGAGCCGGUGGGGCAGCCAGCAGUGACCAGCAGGGUCAACAGCAACAGCAGCAGGGUCAGCAGGGUCCCAUCAACUCGGCAUGGAAUGCUAAACACUAAGAACCGAAGUGGAUGCCUGGCAGAGAGUGGCAGAAGAUACGCCCGUAGUGUAAUCCAGGCAAACGAAAACGCCAAGCAUCGCUUAUUGGGUUUAGGUUCCGGCUUUACAGCAGAACCGACUGAAUCAAGAACCGGGACACACGUAAUGCACUUUCGCAAUGACGAUCAUGGCAAGUAGCACAGUUAAAGACACGAUGGAGAGACAGUCAGCUCAGUUACGCCGUGAGGAGCGUUACGGAACCCCGCAAUCCAUUACCAAGGGCCCCACAGACCCCAUUCUUUUGACACACUCCGGAAUUGACAAUGACCGACCUCGAUCAUCGUGUGUGCGGUGUUGGUGGCCGCCGGGGCAUUAUGAAUGAACUGUUUCACCUUUUUUUCGACCUAUGUGCAAUUCGUCAUUUAUAUUGUAAAUAGGAUAAAGAGAUCACGACAAUGAACGCCGGGAAGAAAAGCGUGCAGAAAGCGGACUCAAGUGAACAACAUUUGAUCGAUAGUAAGGCUAAAGAACGGUCACAGCAAGUUAGUAAAGUAGGAAAAUAUGGCCCCGAAGCAAAUGGUAGACAAUAGUGGGGGGGCACCGAUAGAUAAGACAUGUAUGCCAACACAUUACACACGAAAGGAUCGAUUGCAAGUAGCGCAGGAGGACAUCCGGGAAACCUCAAGAAACCAGUUUAUUUUUAUUUGAAUAAUUUUGUUGUACGACUGAAUUGUA